UCCUUUGAGGUACAUCCAUCUGAGCUCACAUCUCCUCUCAACAUGGCCUACAGCUGCUGUUCUGGAAACUUCUCCUCCCGCUCAUUUAGGCGCUGCCUGCCCUCUUCAGGUUCCUCCUGUGGCUCUUCCUACCCCAGCAACCUGGUCUACACCACUACCAGUUGCUCUCCCAGCCCCUGCCAGGUGGAAUCCUCUCUGAACACUGGCUGUCAGGAGACCUGCAUUGAGCCCACCAGCUGCCAGACGUCCUACGUGGUGUCCAGGCCCAGCCAGACACCCUGCUACUACCCGAGGAGCUCCACACCUUGUAGUCCCUGCCGGGGAACAUAUGCUGAGUCUCUGAGCUUUGGAUCCAGCAGCUGCCGUUCCCUGGGCUAUGGAUCUAGAAGCUGCUACUCAGGGAGUUGUGGAUCCAAUGGCUUCAGACCUCUGAAUUGUAGAAGCUAUGGAUUCCCUUCUCUGUGUUAUGGGUCUAGAUUCUACUACCCAGCAUACUUGGCUUCUACAACAUUCCAACCUUCUUGUUAUAGAUCAAUCUAUGGCAUUACCUUCUAG